AUGAGCGGCAUGAGACUGCGCGACAGUAUCCGCGCGCCGCUGCGAUAUGGCGAAGACGAAGACGAAACACCCUCACGGACCUCGCUACGACCCGGAUACGAUGACUCCUUGGACGACCCCUUAGAGCUUGGAGAAUCAGGCAGACCACGCCCACAAAAGAGGCGCAAGCCAAACACUGUGCCAUUCAACCCCGAUCUCCCACCAGCUGCGUUUCCCAGUUUGAGCAGACCACACCCAUCUCGUGCAUCUACCAACUCCGCGCAGAAUCACAGCGUUGGUGAUAACCAACAGAACGCGCAGACAAGUGAAGUGGUACUUCCUCUCCGCAAUGUUGGAUCGAUGCCAACUGUUCCAUCGCCCCCGUCUGGGAUACAGCGAGUCCCGAUGGACCAGCUCGAUAAUUACGUCGCUAGUAACAACAUGGACAACCCGAUGUAUGCGAGGAACGUAAACAUGGCGCGUAUGACUCGUGUGGAUACCCCUCCUCCGGGUUCCGAGGACAUGGUCACCUCUCCGGAUAGUGAUGAUGACCCACUGCCAGAUGCGACUCAGGUGCUCCUUGAUGCGAUCCCCAACCCAAAGUGGGGAGAUCUGCACAAGGCUAUGCAAGUUGAAAUCGUCGAAAACACAAUGAAAUACCAUAGCUGGAGACGUGUUUGCGACCUCCUUGGCCUUGGGCCAGACGAGCGAGAACAACUUAUGCAGUGCAUAAGCAUUCGCAAUAAACAGAUCGAACGAGAAAACAAAAGACUGGAGCAAAUGCGACACAAACAGCGCAAGGUACUCAUGAGAAUCGACAACAGCGACUUGAAGCAUUUCAAGCCACCACCUCAACUGGUGCUGAAAAGGAUCGCUCGGGAGACCAACCGGAACUUGUUGCUCACCAAGUACACGGACCUCUUGAUGUGUCAAGCCCAUGAUGUCCUGAAAGCUAGACAGUACUUGCAUCAGCACGGGCUACCUCGAAGAUAUGCUGGCGAUUGGGGAGACAGCCUGGUGGUGCUGCGAGAAUCCGAGGAGGACUCCCAUGAACCCGACAUCUUCGAAUGGAAAGACAACCUAAGAUUUAGUCCGUCUCCAAAUGAGAUUGAGACCCCACUCAAUCCCUUUAUGGACCCAAUCAGUAGUGCCAAGAGUGCAUUCAUUCAAAGUAUUGGCAUGAACGGCACAAUGAACCCAAUCGAUCUAGUUCGACGCAACACUGAUCCGGGUCCCAUGAUGGACUGGGGAAAGUAUUAUGAGCGGAAACCAGACUCGUCUUGGGACACCACAAAGCCUCGACUCGGUGGACUGGUCAGGGUGAAUGUCGGGCCACACAACGCCGCGCAGAUCAAACAAUGCGAGGAAGCUGGUGUUAGACCUGAAGGAUCGUCCUCUCAGAUACAAGUCCCCACCAUGCCAGAGUCACCUCCGUCAGACUUCCCACAAGAAACACCGUCCAAGCCGCCGCGGAACGGAAGUCUCACCGAGCCCGUUUUCCGGAAGCCUGCCAGACCUUUCAGCAGACUCCUCACCGGAAACCGGUCCUCGGUAGGGUUCAACCCAUCAGAGAGCCAUCUCAAGUAUCAACGAAGCAUGCAGCAGGCCAGGCUUGAAAAAAUAGAUGCUGAGGCAGAGGUGAUGCGCCGUCAGUAUAACUACCAGCCAACCCUCCGUGUUAAUGGCGUUGGUGUUGGAAUCAGUCCCACGCAUGGAAACCUUCAGACAUUUCCCUUGACCAAGCUAGUCGAAAAAGACUUGCCUUCGAAUUUCUUCGCCCGGGCGUACCGUGGAAUGACAGCGAUGAACGUUGACCGCCUCAUGGAUGAAUUUGUCUGCUAUGAGCCUAUUGCGAUGAACGAACAAAGCGAGCCCGAGCAACCCGAGGAUGAGCAGCCCGAUGAGCAACCAAGUUCCACUGAUAUCAGCUCGAUCACUGAGAUAUCCAUGGAUGAUGUGAUGCUGGUGCCGACAGAUGGCUGUUCUUCUUCGGAGUAG